GAAUAUACUAGUAUAUAUGUGUUUCAAAGAUGCAGAAAGACACCCACCUCGAUCUUCGCCUUUGAAUUUUUUUGUUUCGUUUGAUAUAUUACGCGUGGGGUUGUUGGGAGUGUGAGGGGGGAGAGAGAGAGAGAAUUGGAAGCGAAGAAAUGCCGUCGUUUCUUCGCGCUGGGUUUCUGAUCUUGGCUCUGGGUACCCUGUUCUUUCCGGCGGCUUUGGUGUUCUGUAGCUUACCAGUGAUUUUGAACCUUGAGAGAGCUUUUCCUGUGAAACAUAGAAUCGAUUUAGCAGAGCUUCGAGCUCGUGACAGGACAAGACAUCGACGAAUCUUGCAGAAUGUCGGCGGGGUCAUCGAUUUUCCCGUCGAUGGCACCUAUAAUCCCAUGACGGUCGGUCUUUAUUUUACGACAGUGAAACUGGGGUCUCCUCCGAAGGAAUUCUAUGUGCAGCUUGAUACUGGAAGUGACAUAUUGUGGGUUGCUUGCAAUCCCUGUGAUGGCUGCCCAACAUCCAGCGGACUAAAUAUCCAGCUCAAUUCAUUUGACCCUACCACUUCUACCACAGCUUCAGCAAUAUCUUGUUCCUCUAAUACAUGCUCUUUAGCGGUUGAAGAUGCAGCAGCUGACUGUUCUUCCGGUGGCCUUCAGUGCAGUUACUCGUUCCAGUACGGUGAUGGCAGUGGAACUUCGGGUUAUUAUGUGGCAGAUAUGUUAUACUUUGACAUAGUUCUAGAGUCUUCUGUCGCAAAUUCCUCUGCUCUCAUUGUUUUUGGAUGUAGUAACCACCAGUCUGCGGACCUGACCAAGCCAGAUAGAGCAGUUGAUGGGAUCUUUGGGUUUGGGAAGUCAAGAUUUUCUGUCAUUUCACAAUUGUCUUCACGAGGAAUUGCACCAAAAAUUUUCUCCCAUUGCUUGUCUGGAUCAAAUACUGGAGGGGGCAUAUGGGUUCUUGGUGAGAUUGUGGCACCUAAUAUAGUAUAUACUCCGCUUGUUCCAUCACAGCCUCAUUAUAAUGUGAAUUUGCAGAGCAUUGCUGUCAAUGGGCAAAUACUGCCCAUUGAUCCAGCAGUGUUUGCAACGUCAAGCAACCAAGGAACAAUAAUUGAUUCUGGAACAACUUUGGCAUACCUUGCAGGGGGAGCUUACGACCCUUUUGUCAGUGCAAUAAGUAACACUGUUUCGCAAUCUGUCCGUCGCUUAUAUUCCAAAGGAACUCCAUGUUACCUCAUCUCCAGCAGUGUUGAAGAAAUCUUUCCUGUGGUUACUUUAAACUUUGAGGGUGGUGCAACUAUGGUUCUAAGGCCAGUGGAAUAUCUUGUACAAGAGGGCUAUGUUGAUGGUACUGAAUUGUGGUGCAUUGGCUUUCAAAGAGUGUCGGAUAUCUCGAUGACAAUUUUAGGAGACCUUGCUCUAAGAGACAAGAUAUUCGUUUAUGAUCUGGUGAAUCAACGGAUCGGAUGGACUGAUUAUGACUGUUCUCUAUCUGUAAAUGUCUCUGAGACUUCUGGAAAGGGAGAAUUUGUAAAUGCAGGACAGCUGAGUGUGAGCAGUUCUUUAUCUGUAAAUGUACAUGUGCUGAUACCAACCAGCAUUGUGGCUUUCCUUGUGCAUAUCUUCCUUUUUGUUGGGUUUCUACUUUUGUAGCGCUCUGAAUACACAUAACAUAGAAAAUUUCAUUUAUUUAUUUGAUAUGUAUUGGCUUGGUCGAUUUUUAUUUAUGAUAAUCGGCAGGCCACAUGAUAUUAUUGGGAUUCCCCCAUGUGUAGAUUUAUCCUGUGCAAUAUAAUUGUGAUUUGGUUC